UCGCCCGGCCUUGGGGUGGGCGCGCCUGCCCCCGGCCCUCCGCGUGCUCGCCUCCUGCCAGUCCUCGCCGCCACCACCUGGCGCAGGUCGGAAACCCCUCCAUGCCUUGGCUCCUCGGCGCCGGGGCGAGGGCAAAGUGAAUGGGAAGAUGGAGAUGGAUGUUGAGGGAGUUUCUCCGCGCCCGGAGCCCAUCCCCCGCUCCCAGGGGGCUGGCGGAGCCUGCCAGGCGCCGCCACAGCCGCCCCAGCCCCAGCCCCAGCCCCCGCCGCAGCCGCCGCAGCAACAGCAGCAGCAGCAGCAGCAGCAGCAGCAGCAGCAGCAGCAGCUGGCUCAGGAUGAAGUGCCCGGCGAGAGUGCUGGCGUGGAGGACAGCGACGAUCCCGAGGCGAGACCCAACAGCGAGAAAGGAGAGAGCAAGCUUUUAGGCCAUUUUGGAGUUCAAAGAAACCCGCUCAUUGAUGGCACAGUUCCUGAAUUCUGUGGGGAUUUGCUGUCUGCGACAAUAUCAACAUGUCACAUGUUGCUUCGCUGGUGUGUGUCCCUCUAGUGAAGGAACAAGAGGCAGAGAAGAAAGGAAAUCCUUGAGGGAAAAGCAAUCCCGAAGACUUAACAUUUCACUGCUGCUGUGAUGUUUGAAAACAGACGUGAAGUCUUUAUUUUGAUGCAUCAGUUUAA